GACUUCGUUUUCGUGAAUUCGCCACCAAAUCCUCUGAUAUUGUUUGAGAAACCAUGUCUGUACUCGAAGCGGUGAUCAACACCUCCUUCUCACCGUCUUCCAACACAUGUCUUCACUCGGUCUCUCUCCACGGAAUCUGCAUCGCUUGCAACUCGAUCGUCGACGAACUUGACCUCUACCGCAGACCGUUCGAAUAUCUUUCCCCCGGUUUACAGCUAACCCAGGACGCCGUAGCGUUAACCAAACGCCUCGAAACUUUAUCAUCUUCCCUCGGCAAGCAGAAACUCCACUUGGUCCUCGACUUGGACCACACGCUCCUCCAAGCCGAAAAAGUUUACCGUCUCGCCGAAGCAGAGAGGUAUCUAAUCGGCGAAGCGGGUUCUAGGGACGAUCUGUGGAAGUUGAAAUCAAGUGACUUCUUGGUAAAGCUAAGGCCUCUCCUUAGAGAUUUCUUGAGAGAAGCCAACAAGAUGUUCACCAUGCACGUUUACACGAUGGGUACUCGCUCCUACGCCGAAGCCAUCUUGGAGCUGAUCGAUCCGGAUCGAUUCUAUUUCGGUAAAAGAGUGAUAACGAGAGACGAGAGUCCUUGUACGAAGACGCUUGAUUUGGUUUUGGCGGAUGAGCGUGGAGUGAUGAUUGUGGAUGAUACACGUGAUGUAUGGCCUGAUCACAAGAGUAAUUUGAUUGUAAUUAGCAGAUACAAGUACUUCAGAAUGAAGAGAAGCCAACACUACUCUGAGGAGAAGACUGACGAAAGUGAAAGCAAGAGUGGAUUGGUUGAUGUUUUUAGAAUACUAAAGGAAGUUCACCGUAGAUUCUUUAAGGUUAGAGAAGAGUUGGCCUCAAAGGACGUGAGGCUGCUAAAUAACGAAACCAUGUCCCUUGUUGAGAAAAUUUCUCUUGAACAGAGAGCCAAAAGACAAAGAAUCGAACCCGUGAUCAACACGUCUUCUUACUUGCCGUCUUCUCGUAGAUGUCGUCACUGGUUUGUCCGUUACGGAAUCUGCACCACAUGCAAAUCAACAGUUGAUGAAUCUCAAGGUAGAGCAUUCGAUUAUCUUUCCCAUGGUUUACAGCUAAGCCAUGAGGCUGUAGCGGUGACAAAACACCUUACCACACUAGUCUCUUGUUCCAACGAGAAGAAACUUCAUCUAGUUCUUGACUUGGACCACACGCUUCUCCACACCACUCGUAUUCCACGUCUCACCCAAGCAGAGAAGUAUCUAAUCGAAGAAGCGGAUUCGAAUACAAGGGAUGAUCUGUACAAGUGGAAAGCCCCAGGUGAUCCCUUGGUGUUCUUGACAAAGCUAAGGCCUUAUGUUCGCGAGUUCUUGAAAGAAGCUAAUGAGAUGUUCACAAUGUAUGCUUACACAAUGGGUAACCGCGACUACUCUAAAUUCAUCUUGGACGUGAUUGAUCCGAAGCAAAUCUAUUUCGGGGAAAGAGUGAUAACAAGAGAUGAGAGUCCUUACAUGAAGACGCUUGAUUUAGUUUUGGCUCAUGAGCGUGGAGUGGUGAUCGUGGAUGAUACACGUGAUGUAUGGCCUGAUCACAAGCGUAACUUGAUUGAAAUUAGCAGAUACAAGUAUUUCAGGAUGAACAACAGCCGACACUCAAAGCCAUACUCUGAGGAGAAGAUAGACGAAAGUGAAGGCAACGGUGGAUUGGCUAAUGUUUUGAAGUUACUUAAAGAAGUUCACUGUGAGUUCUUCAGAGUCGCCGAUGAAAAAGAGUUGGAGUCAAAAGACGUGAGGCUGCUGCUACAAGAGAUAGAAUUCAAUCGUAUUAACAAAGAAUAUUUUAUUAGGUAGAAACUUUGUUAUAAGCAUUGCAAGUCUGUUCAAGUGUAGAAACUUCAUUUAAGUGUUGUCAGUUUGUGAUCACUCAUUCAUAUGUAAGAAGUAUUGAUUCUUUGCAAAGUUAAUUUGAUUACAAAACCUUUAUAGCAUAUUCCAUACAAGGUGUUUUAAUAUAUUUCGCUCACAUUAAUCUAAUAGUAUCUCUUAGGUAAUAAUAUAUCAUCAGUAUUUACUUCUACUUCGUACAAUAAAAAAAAGGAUUAAAAGUUCAUACUUAGGGACACUCUUUGCAAAGAUAAAACCCACCAUGUGUCGAGGAUGCUUCUGUUUCUUCCUUACUACAUUUCAUGAUUUAGAUAUGCUUUGGAUGGGUUGCACUUCAAUUUUAUUAACGAAUACUUCAAAUGAAACAAGGAGCAUAUAACAUUAUAAUACACUUUUGUGUCACACUAAGAAACAUUUUCAGAUAGUGAAACCAAAAAGCUUUCAAGUCAUUUACUAAACCUGAUACAGCUUCUUGUUGUUGUUACCAUCCCAAAUGUUCACAAAACUGUCACAGCCUCCGGUUGCAAAGGUGCCAUAAGUGCAAUAUCAUAUUCGGAUGAUUAUUCAGGGCAGUGUGUCUACGCAUUAAAAUUGUUCCCAUUAUCUCCUCUCUCUCACAGACAAAGCAUAAGUAAACCUUUGUCUAGUUUAGUCUAUGAUAUUUCAAAUAUAAUAGAAACAAAAACAAAAUAGUUAGAGAUUUUGUUUUACAAACAUUGCAUAUUAGCAUCCAAGUUACCUCCAACUAGCUUUCAACUGAUUCUAAAUGGCCUCCUCCCUUAUUUAGGUGGACUGAAAAAGAGUAGUAAAUGUAGAUAGAAACCUAGGAAACAGUUGGACUCCUUCUGCUAAGAUGAGGAACUCACAUUGGAUGGAAGACGAUGGCAUUUACAGGGUAAACAAUUUAUCUUCCAGCCUCUAAUUUCAGAUGACAUCUGAAACCAUAUCUGAGAACAAGUACAAAUAUGAGGAAAAGUACUUCUUAGCCUAAGCAGCCUGUGAUUGCAACCUUUCUUUCAACAAAGCUAACAACAUACGCUGUAAACAUUCAAAUAUUAGAAAUUGCAAACUGAUGUAAGAGGUAUGGUUGGGAACAUGUUAUAGUUCAAACUGGUUUAAACUAGCACCAAAGCAAAAUUAAACACUAUACAUCCCCAAAAUGUCAUUUUUUUCCAACACUGGAAACAGUCUUGAAGUAUAACAUUGAGCUUUUUGAAUGCAGGCUUUGUUCAGUGUUUUUAAAUCAUAUUCACACUUUACUUCAGUAAACAAAAGAAGGUCGGGAGUGGCGACAAAGAGACAGUACUGUCUGACUUUUAUGUCGCGGCUAACACUGAAACCAACGGAAACAGCAGUCCAGCAGUACUGCACAGCCACGUAAGGUCCCAUUACACUUCACGUUAUUACAAAGCAAAGGAGAAGAUGAUUAGAAUAAGAGAAAGCGUCUUAAAAUGUCUAUGAUUGUUUGUCUUCACAUGAAUUUGACACGUUUAAACGCCGCCACGUGACGUUUCCGCCAACGCGUUUGGAUAAAUCACGUCCACUAUUUUUGCUUGUUGGGUAUAACAAGAAAAGUGACAUCGGCCUACAAGUGUAACGGAACUACCACGUGUCCUAUAAACACGCCGCCUUUUAGUUGCUAACACGGUACGGCACGCCACAGACGAUCUUUGUCCUCACCUACACUCAACUCCACUGAAGUUAGCUCAACAUUCCUACGUAUUCUCGAGGCAUCCAGGUGUUUCUUUCAUUUGACGAAUAUUAACGAGUUAUUCUAAGUAUUUUCUGAGAAAUUCAUUAAAUGAUUAGUUAGUGAUUGUUGUCAUGCGGUAAGGAUUAACUAAUCAUUGAGACCAUGCUAGUGAGAUAAUGAUAAUUAAUCGAAAAUAUUCGAUAAAUCAUGGAAAGAUUAGUACCGAUAAAACCGUAAUUAGGCGUGUACGCGUUCGGUUUAAGACGUGCCCCACACGUCUCGUGGCUCGUAGCCAACACAUAAGCCAGCUCCACGGGAAAGGUAAGGCCCUUUUUUAUUUAAUUUAUUUUUUUAUAUUAGCUAAAAUCUCAUCUAUUUUUGGGUUUGCCAGUUUAUUUUCUGGUUUUUGACUUUGAACUGGUCUCUCACUCGUGAUGGCUAAUACCUGAUUAGGUCAGCCGUGACCAAGAACCCGGUACGUACAGUAAAUUCAUCGAUACUUCGCUUAGUUUAUUUGGUCAAAUGUAGUUUUUGUUUUAUCAGCUUUUGGUCAAAUUUAGUUAACAAUCGAAG